AUGUCGACCACUGUAGAGAAAAUCGCGGCCAUCGAAGAUGAGAUGGCCCGUACUCAGAAGAAUAAAGCUACCUCGUUCCAUUUGGGUCAGUUAAAGGCUAAGUUGGCUAAAUUAAGAAGAGAAAUUGUCACAUCCGCUACGCAAGGUUCUGGUGGUGGUGGUGUCGGGUUUGAUGUAGCCAGAACAGGUGUCGCCUCUGUUGGUUUUGUCGGAUUUCCCUCAGUAGGUAAAUCAACUUUGCUUUCCAAGUUAACAGGUACGGAGUCUGAAGUUGCCGAAUACGAGUUUACCACUUUAGUUACUGUUCCCGGUGUGAUCCGUUAUAAAGGUGCCAAAAUUCAAAUGCUGGAUUUGCCUGGUAUUAUCGACGGUGCCAAAGACGGUAGAGGUCGUGGUAAGCAAGUUAUCGCAGUUGCCAGAACUUGUAACCUGCUUUUUAUCAUUCUGGAUGUUAACAAGCCGCUGCAUCAUAAACAAGUCAUCGAAAAAGAACUUGAAGGUGUCGGGAUUCGUCUCAACAAGCAGCCUCCAGACAUUUUGGUCAAGAGAAAGGAAAAAGGUGGUAUUUCCAUCACCAACACUGUUCCUCUAACCCACUUGGGGCCCGAUGAAAUCAGAGCUGUCAUGAGUGAGUAUAGAAUCAACAGUGCUGAAAUCGCUUUCAGAUGUGACGCCACCGUUGAUGACUUGAUUGAUAUUUUGGAAGCACCAACUAGAAGAUACAUGCCCGCCGUCUACGUCCUCAACAAAGUCGACUCUCUAUCACUUCAGGAACUUGAAUUGCUUUAUCGUAUUCCAAAUGCGGUGCCAAUCUCAUCAGGAAGAGAGUGGAACUUGGAUGAGUUACUGCAAGUCAUGUGGGACAGAUUAAACUUGGUUCGGGUUUACACAAAGCCAAAGGGUGUCAUGCCAGAUUUCAGUGAUCCUGUGGUGCUAAGGUCCGAUAGAUGCUCUAUUCGUGAUUUUUGUAACCAGAUUCACAAAUCUUUGGUCGACGAGUUCAGGAACGCCUUGGUCUAUGGUAGUAGUGUUAAACAUCAACCGCAAUAUGUCGGUUUGAGUCACAUAUUGGAAGAUGAGGAUGUUGUUACCAUUUUGAAGAAAUGUUAA